UUUGCUUUUGUGUCACUUUUGAGGUGCAGAAAUUAUGAACAAAAUAUGUCGUUGAAUUCCGAGGAAAGGGGAAGUCUUUUGGCCGUUAUUGGCGAUGAGGACACUUGUGUUGGUUUUCUGCUCGGUGGUAUUGGUGAAGUCGACGAGGAUCACGAGACCAAUUUUAUGGUCGUUGAAAAGGACACCACUCCCGCCCAGAUUGAGGAGUGCUUCAAGAAGUUCUUGAGGCGUCCCGACAUAGCCAUCAUCCUGAUCAAUCAAGUCUACGCGGACACCAUUCGAGCCACUGUCGAUGCCCACAAUCUGGCCGUGCCCACUGUGCUGGAGAUUCCCUCGAAGCAGCAUUUGUACGACGCCACGAAGGACUCGAUACUGAAGCGAGCCCAAAGCGUUUUCAGUCCGCCCGAGAGGCGCUACUAGCGGCUGAACUUUGGCAAUCAGUUUCGGGAUCGAAGUGAGAGUUUAAUGAAAGAUUUGCAUAGUUCUCAAAUGCAUACCAAAUGCCAGUGCCAGUGCCAGUGCCACAAAGUCGUUUGAAUUGUUCUGAACAAGAAAAAAGGAAAAAGAAUCACACAUAGAUAUAUUCACACUGAAAUGACGGGGGGAAAAUAAAGCUUAUACGUACAUCAGGCAA